UGCAGUUACAGGUCUCUCUUUCCGGUUGUAAUCGGAGUUUUUCGGUCGCUUCUUGCCUCCAUUUUGUACCGACUCCUGGAUUUCCGGGAUUUCGUAGAACUGGGUUCGCUCAAACCCAGUAAGUCAGUAGAGUUAUGUCGCCCUCAAUCACAGGGCAGCGAUGUUAUUAGCAAGCAGGAAUCCGAUUUUUUGAUUCUUGACGUUUUUGCUACCGUUUUACGCUGUGACCUAUUUGGGAUUCAUUUAUAGAGUUGUCAGUAUGACAGCGGACGACAGCAAGUUUUCUCCCGUUUAGUUAACGUUACUUAGUUACCAGUUUUUAUUCGGUGGCUGGAUACAAAACAAGUAAUCGGUGGAAGAUCCAUCUGAUACUAUUUAACAUUAAUGUUGUUUGGGACAAAAUCUUAAAGCGCGACAGACAGGUAAGCCAUGAAGCUUUGCCAACAUUUUUACAGCCGGAAGAGAGGAACAACUUUUCGUGUUUAUUUGUUUGUUGCCGUUCUUAUGACAUGUUUUAACGUACACCUCAUGUACAGCCGAUUUACAAUGUUUCUCGAGAGUUGUGUCAACGAAUAUUAAACAACAACAACAAAAAAUCCUCAGCCACAUAAGUUAAAGCUUUACGUUUGUUUUUCUUUUAGGCUCGUUUGGCUUCUCCAAAGACAUCCUUCGCGUUUUUCUUUCUUUAAAGUCUGGUUUUUGUUCCAGUUGUGCCAUUGCCUAAGUUACAUGUAAACUUGUAAAACUUUUCGCGACUGAUUUUUAGGAUCUUUUAUGGUUUGACAGGUAUGGUCACUUCAGUCUGUGCACGCUAGUUACACAUUUUCGUUACGCGUACAACUCGCCGUCUCUAUCGACACUCGCGUUUAUUUUCACGUUAUUUAUUUCCUUGUCCUGAAAUAUUCAGUCGACCAACAAAAAGAUCCUGCUAAACAACAUUCCAGUUAGCCCUGCUAAAGUUUUGUAUCACCCCACUUCAUCCGAGCGAUCACUUCUCUCAAAACUGUCAGGAAAAAGAAACUUCAAGCCAAGUUUCUGGAGUGUCCCUUUGGAACCACAGUGAAAAGAGCUGUUUUGUGGAAUAGUCAACAAACGAAGAUUGAAGUGACCGCUGAGGUCUUCAGAAUUCACCAACAUGCCCAUUCCUCCUCCCCCUCCACCUGGACCCCCACCACCCCCCACCUUAAGUCAGGCAAACACCUCUCCUCCCAAACUGAAUCGAGAUGAAGCCAAGGGAAGAGGAGCUCUGCUGUCAGACAUCUGCAAAGGCACCAACCUAAAGAAAACCAACGCGGUCAAUGACAGAAGUGCGCCUAUAAUUGAAAAAACUGGAGGUCGAAGUGGUGGCAGUGGGGGAGGUGGAGGAGGUGGUGGUGGUGGUGGUGGUGGUGGUGGAGGGUUUGGAGGUGGUUCUGGGCCGAUGGCCAUGGGUGGGUUGUUCAGCGGAGGAGUGCCUAAACUACGACCAGUUGGAGACAGUUCUGUAGGAAGGUCAGCACUGCGACCACCCGGCUCUCGCCCCGCAGUACCCCGUGUUGCGAGUCAUUCCGAGCUUGAUGGUUCUGGACGUAGUGGUGAAGGAGAUCGCCCCUCAGCUCCUGAGACGUCACGAAACCAUCGCCCAUCACUGCCGGACGUCACCAAACCAUCUGCUGUCAGCAGUUCCACUAAACCUAGCAGCUCCGCCCCUCCUCCACCUCCGCCGUUCAAUCGCGGCGGCAACCGUGGACCCUCCUCAAACCAUCAGGCUUCUGGGUCGUCAUCUGGGAGUCGUGAGAAACCCCUUCCACCUCCACCUGUAAACAAAGGGCCUGUAUACAAAGGGCAUCCUCCACCUGUAAACAAAGGGCCUCCUCCCCCUGUAAACAAAGGGCCUCCUCCCCCACCAUCUUCUUCCCGUGAUGGACCUACUAGAAACCCCCCCAUUUCAUCACGCUCCUCUUCGUCCUCUAGCUCCUCCAGUGCUCCCCCACCCCCACCUCCCUAUCGACAGCCACCUAAUGUCUCCAAUGGUGACCCAGCGCCCGAGUUACCACAGAGGCGAAACUCGCUGAACAAGAGAGGCCAUUCCAACGCUAAUGUUCGCGGCCAGGCUCCUCCACCCCCUUCCCAACAGAACCGACGACCCCCGCCACCGACACGUGACCCAGUGGGCCGUAGCACAGCUCCUCAGCCUCCUCCUCCUGGGUCUCGUAACGGGGUUCGGGAAAUGCAACCCCCUCCACCUCCUUACCGGUCACAGAAUGAACCUCCUAGCCGAGGGAAACCUCCUGCUCUCUCCUCAACUGGACGUCAGGCUACAGCACAUGCACCUCCACCUCCUCCACCUCCACCUGUCCGCAACGGACACACACCGCUUCACUCCAAGUCUCUUUCUGAUGAUUUCGAAUCCAAGUACACCUUCCACCCUAUAGAAGACCUUCCCCCUCCAGAAGAAUACAGAUCAUUCCAGAAGAUCUAUCCCAGCAAAACCGACAAGACUAUGGUCAGAGGUGCUCCUCCACUGCCUCCUGUUGUAAGAUGAGCAUCCAGGGAAAAGGACCAAAAAUAGAUGCCAAAACAUUCACACACACACAACUAUGUACAUAGUGAAUACUGUACAUAUUGGUGCCACACAAACAAUAGUUAUUCAUACCAAACAUCUACUCGGAUAACACUCCUAGGACAACACUAUAUACCAGCAUGAUUUCUUAUGCAAACUACUCCAGAAUGCUGUACCUCUAGACCUAAAAACACUGUGCAAUAUCCCUGUGCUGCCUAGAAAAGCACCUUCUAAUAUUGUGCCUGAGAACAGGGACACAGUUUAGCGACCGGCCAGAGCACACAACUCUAUUGACCAGGGGUUGAAUGUACACAUUCCACCUCUUCCUCAGACCGACCAAAGUUUUCGUUUUAAUAAAUGAGAAAAUGUGUAGCACUUGUAGAUUAUUGAUGUCUAUGCAUAUAAGACGACGUUCUUAAAUGAGUCACGUCUGUAGUUUUCUGGACAAUCAUUUUAUUGCGUAUCAGUUUAUGUUAGAUGUUUGUUUAUUGUGUUUUAUACAUUUUUUAAUCAAGAAUAGUGUGUCCAGGAUGGAGUUACGUUUAAAUUGAUAAAAACGUGUUUGCAUACACUACGAAAAGCUAUGAAUGGCUGUUCAUUUUUUUUCAAGCCAUAGUUUUCUGUUCUCCUGGCCACAUUCAUUGAACAUCUCAGUAUGUGUGAAUGAGAACACUUGUUUCACUGAUCACUUUAUUUGCUUCACCUCUGUAAAGGGAACUGUGUUUAGCUCAAUAAUGACCAAAUAUGAAGUGCCACAGGUUCUCCCAAAUACACCUGUAUAUAUGCAGUUGUGUAGUGCCAUCUUGUGGCUUAUUUGCACCAUUACUCCAACUGGGUACCAUAAUUUAUACAUUGCCUUUUAUCGUUUUUGUUUCAAACUAAAGCUGAAUGUCAGGAAAUACAUUUUAAUAGAUUUUGUAUAAACACUACAGGCAUGGACGUCUGCCAAUGGGUUCGUUUUAAAUGCGUGACAUUUGUAAGUAUUAAAAGUAAAAUAGCAUAACACGUUUAACAUUGUGUCAGGUUGCCUCAGUUCAGGCACUUUUGGGCUGUUAGUAAUUCUAAAAGUUAUUUUGGGGGAUUUGGUGUCUAUUAUGUAUAUUAUGUGAAUGUCAUUUUAACGCUGUUUUAGAAUGUGUUAAACACCGUGAUAAUAUGAUGCAUUUGAAAUAAAGAAGGGCAUGGGACAAAUCGUCUG